CUCACUUAUUUACUUCAGACCUUUCGUGAUUGUGGCCUGUCGUGAGUUUCCUGUUCCGUUACACUCUGCCCAAGCCCAUCGGCCAAGAUCUGCGGAUACCUUCAUAGGGCUCUAUAUAAACCCAGCAAGGUUGCAAAGCCGGAGCCUUGUCUGCAGCUUCUUGUUUCUCGCUGUUCCUUUUGACUAUACAUUCUUGAGCCUGAAGCGGUGUCCAACUGCGAAUCUGUCACAGUUUUCAAUCGAGAAGAACACAGCAUGUCGCUUCCAUCCGUGUGGCAAUGGAUUAUUAUUACCCUGGUUGGAUACCUCAUCUACCGACAUGCCUCUGGUCGAUCUGGUCGACACAACCUUCCCCCAGGUCCAAGGCCGCUUCCGAUCGUAGGAAAUGCUCGUGACUUCCCCCCAGCAGAUGUUCCGGAGUUCCAGCAUUGGCUAAAGCAUAAGGACCUGUACGGCCCCAUUAGCUCCGUAACUGUCCUUGGUAUGACGCUCGUUGUCAUCCAUGAUAAAAAGGUGGCCCAUGAUCUUCUUGAGCAAAAUUCAAUCAAAACCUCGGGACGGCCUACAAUGGUUUUCGCAAAUCAACUCUGUGGCUAUGAGACCGUCAUGGUCUGCAAAGAAUAUACCAGCACCUUUCGGCAUCACCGCAAGCUGCUGCACCAGGAACUUGGCACCAAGACGUCAGCAGCACAGUUCCGUGAUGUCCAAGAAAUUGAAGUAAGCCGGCAGCUCGUGCGGGCGCUUAACGAGCCCGGAAAAUUCCUAGAGCACUUCAAGACCACCGCUGCUGCCACCAUCUUAAAAAUGACCUACGGCUACACCAUUGAGCCGCACAAACCUGACGUUUUGGUUGACUUGAGCGAUAAAAUGAUGACUGAAUUCUCGCUCGCCGCUGUUCCUAUGGCAUGGCUAGUCGACCUCAUUCCUAUUCUUCGGCAUAUACCUGAGAAUUUUCCGGGUGUUAAAUUUAAGAGAAUAGCUCGAAAAUGGAGAAGAAGCAUUCGCGCAACUGCAUACACCCCUUAUCGGUUUGCCCAGCGUCAGAUAGCUGCCAAUGGUCACCAGCAGUCCUAUGUGUCAAAACUUAUUCGGAAAUUUGGGCCUGAGGGCGAGACUGGAACUCUAAACAGCGAUGAUGAGGAGGCUAUUGUAUGGACUGCAGCAAGUCUCUACGGUGCUGCCGCAGACACUACAGUGAUAACUCUAAGUGUCUUCACCCUGGCUAUGGUUAUGUUUCCUCACGUACAGCACAAGGCACAGGAGGAGAUUGACCGUGUGGUUGGCACUGAUCGCCUACCAAAUUUCGGUGACCGGGACAGAUUGCCGUAUGUCAGCGCUAUAGUUAAAGAAACCUUGAGAUGGUGGCCCAUUGCUCCGAUGGGCUUCCCGCACGCAGUUGACGUUGACAUCGAGUACAACGACCUUCAUAUCCCGAAGGGAGCAUUACUUCUCCCGGCCGUCUGGUGGUUCCUGCACGAUCCAGACGUAUACUCCGAUCCAGCCUCAUUCGACCCAGAACGUUUCCUUAGCCCACGCAACGAGCCUACUCCAGAUACGGAGGGAUUUGGUUACGGGCGCAGGAUAUGCCCUGGUCGUUUUUUUGCGGAUUCAAGCCUCUAUAUCAAUAUGGUGCAGACUUUAGCCACAUUUAAAGUCGCUAAGUCGAUUGGUAAGGAUGGAAAUGAAACUGCCAUUGAUGUGAAGCCGAAACCUGGAAUCUUGAGCUACCCAACCGAAUUUCAGUUCCAGGCCGUGCCGAGAAGUCAGAAGCACGUGGAUCUAAUCCGAAGAGUUGGGUUAGAGCAUCCCUUUGAGGCAAGUGACGCUGGGCUUCUUGGGAGUGAGACGGAUUAGGGAUUCACAUAGUUACAAUGUGUAAACAGGAGGCUCUUGGAAAAGCAUGGUCCAAGUAAAGCUAUUACGUAUUAAGUCACUGUACCGCAUGAGAAAAUGGUCUGUCUUCACAUGAUGAUAAUUUCAUCGUGAAGCAUGGCAAACAAUUAUGGCGAGGAGAACAAGUACGGGAGUUCAAAACUCCGAGCGCAAGUAUUUAGCUCGGUCCGAAGAGGUCGAGACGAAACGUGGAGAUCAGAGAUCGUCAUGCAUCGUGAUACAGGGGAACGGGAGACGCGCACAUCUCGGGGAACAUCAAAGCUUAGUAUUUUUUAUGGAGGAAAAGACAGGCCACGGAAUUAAAAGUUCGCCGACAACCAACGGAUGGUUUUUGAGAUAGUAUUACCAUGUACCUGCGAAAUAAUAAACCUUACUUGCCAAAAGCAAUUGCUUGGUGAGGUAAUUCUCAUAUACAGGCAAGAAUAGAUUCGGUGGCCCGUGUGGUGGCGCCCAGACAUGAAUCUUCUGCGUGGCUGAAACAAACCACAUCGCCGAGGUGGAAUCAUGAGUGUUUGAAGAGUUUCACGUCAACGUCGUCGCCGUUUGGGAAGGUCGAUAAUGAAGUGUUUAUG